AUGUUUAUGCAUAGUGGCUUUAAUUUAACAGAACAUGGUUUGAUUUUGACAGUGGAUGAUACUUAUGAAAUUAAACCUCUAAAUACUAGACUACGUGACAUAUUAAGGUCACAAAAUGAUGGUGAACCAAUAGAAUACGCGCAUCUUGUAAAACGUGCUAUUAAACCUGAAAUUGUACCAAACUUAUCAAGACCUGUUAGAAGUCAUCCGAUUAAAAUCGAAACAACUGAAGAUAUAAAUGCAUUUAUCAAUACAGAAAACGUUAAUUUUACAUUAAGAACACCUUCUCCACAAAACAGUGUAAAUGAUGCAAGAAUAAUUAAGAAAGAUGCUAAAUACAUUGUUGAAUUGGGAUUAUUUUUCGAUGAAGCUGCAUAUAAAGCAUUUUCACCCCUUUUUAAUUCAGAUGAUCGAAGAUUAGCACAAAUGAUUUUAGCUUAUAUGAAUGGUGUCCAAGCACUUUAUCAUCACAGCUCAUUAGCAUAUCCAGUUGAUAUAACAAUAACUAGAAUGGAAAUUAUGCGAAGACAACCAGCAUCACUUCCAGCACAUGGUGGAGAAAGAGAUAAUUUAUUAGAUUCAUUUUGUAAUUAUCAUAUGCGUAUGAAUAGUCCACGUGAUACAGAUCAGGAUCAUUGGGACAUAGGAUUAUAUUUGUCAGGAUUAGACUUUUAUGCUUAUGAAGGAGGACAAAGAAGAGCUGGAACAAUGGGCUUAGCUACUGUACGUGGUGUUUGUUCAAGACAAUAUUCAUGUGUUAUAGUUGAAUUUGGAGCAACAAAUUCUUUUGGUAGACCAUAUCCUUCAGCUGGAUUCAAUUCGAUUUAUAUUGCAGCUCAUGAAAUAGGGCAUAAUUUGGGUAUGUCACAUGAUGGUACUGGUAACCAGUGUUCUCAGGAUGGAUAUAUUAUGUCAGCGUCACGGGGAACUCAAGGUGAAACCUCUUGGUCAACUUGCAGCUCUGAUAUUAUUAGAAAUUUGGGAAAUUGGGCCACAUGCUUAAAUGAUAGACCUCCCAUUCUUCCAGAGAAUUAUGAUGCUUGGAAAUAUUUAGGAUAUCCGGGUAUUAAAUGGUCUGCAAAAAGUCAAUGCGAAGUUCUUUUAGUUGAUCGUGAUGCAAUGGCUUCAACCACAAAUAAUUUAGACGGAAUAUGCCAAAAUCUUCAGUGUAGGUCACCGCAUCGUAGUGGAUUUUUCUUUUCAGGUCCUGCUCUCGAAGGUACUACAUGUGGAAACAAUUUUUGGUGUGAAGGUGGAUAUUGUGUACAAAGGCGAAAGAUUCCUCAACAGGGACCAAUUAUAAAAGGCGGAUGGGGACCAUGGGUUAAAGGCAAAUGCGCAUCAGGUUGUAUGGUACACUCAAAAGGAGGUAGAACACAGCGCAGAGAAUGUAAUAACCCAAAGCCAGUAAAUACAAACGAAGGUUGUGAAGGAGCUUCUUAUGAUAUGAUUUUAUGUGAAGAUGAACAUAUUUGCCGAAAUGUUAAAAGAAGGACACCAGUUCAUUAUGCUUCAAAUAAAUGUAAACAAUUUAGUAGACAUAUUUCUGAGAUUGAUCCAAAAGGAGUUGGCCUCCAAGCACCAUAUGAAUCAAAUCGUUUAUGGAUGUCUUGUGCAAUAUUUUGUCGGCGAAGUGGUAGUGAUUCUUUUUAUACACCACGUUUAGAAUUAAAUGAAAUUGGAAUAAAUGCCUAUUUUCCUGAUGGAACCUGGUGUAACUCUCAGGGUGGACAAAACUAUUAUUGCUUACAACAUCAUUGUUUGCCAGAAAAUUUUCAAUUUAAUAAGCAUACUUUUAUUGAUCUUAGUGAAGAUGUUCCAAUUUCUGGCAAUGCAAACCCAAGUCCGUUAAGAAGUGUUACAUUUAGUAGUAAAUUAAUUGAUUAUUUAUCAUUGGAUGCGAAAGGUAAACCGAUAAGAACACAUAUAACAAAAGAGGAUGUUAAAGAGUUAUGGGCUAAAGAGAAAGGAUUCAAGGAUAACGAUUUUAGAUUUGUGCCAUUUUUAUAA